AUGCCGAAAACUAUCACUGACCCCACUCCCGUACCCCCACUACCAUCCCCCUUCUCCAUUGCCUCAAAAUCCGCCCCGUCGGCUCCUGGACCCACCACCACUGCACGCAAUCCUGAAACACCAACAGACAUCAACCUUCCUACCAACAACGCCGGCGAUGUAGACUCGGUCCAUACCUAUCCCCACCUCAGACAUCGGCCUGCUCGGUCACUUGCGAAUCCAUCGCACAGAGGUUGGCGAACCAGUGCCUGUAGAAUCCACCACACUCGCCUCCACUGCCCUCACCGUCCUCGCACCUUCACGCAUCGCAUGGGCCCAUUCUACCACAUGCACAUCCUCGAAGACCUGCGGCAGACAACCACCGGCUGCAUCACACCCUCACACCCUCCCUCAAUCAACACCACCAAUGCCACCCCAUCACACAUCAACAGUCCCUCAUCACAAGCACCCAACUGUCAUCCCCCACGCAAGUGGGAAGUGUGCAUCUCGACUCGGUUCCCACGCCGCUUCGGCUGCACGGGUGACUUGAGUCCGAGACUAUCCCGACACGUCAAGCGUCGUGGAUAUGAAGGUUGCUGA